UAACAGAGAAAUUGAGUAAAAACUAGUUUAAGGAUGAUAAAGCAAGGCAGUCACGAUUUCUUCAACCCUGCUGGCAGCCAUAUCUCUGCCACCGACCAACAGAAACCGCUUCCUCCCAUAUAUAAGAAGCGAAGAAGAAGCAGAACGAUGAUGGAGGAAAGUCAGCAGUCUUCAUCUUCCGUGGUCCCUACUAGCAGCGCCUCCGACAGAAUGCCGCAGUGCACGGAGUGCGGGAAGAGGUUCUGUUCAUGGAAGGCCCUGUUUGGACACAUGCGCUGCCAUCCGGAGAGGCAGUGGCGUGGCAUCAACCCUCCGCCGAAUUUCGCCAGACCGCCACCCGUCGCCUUUUCAUCUCCUCCGAGCCGCCGCAGGUUCUGCUGGGGAGGAGAUGGUCAUGAUGAUGAUGAUGAUUUUGAGGUGGCAGGCUGCCUGCUAAUGCUUGCAAAUGCUGGCGAGAGUCCGCAACAUCAUCAGCAGAAGCAGCAGGCAGCGCUUAGGAUGGAUGACGAAAUAUCCGUGGCAGUCGCGCCAUUUGAAUGCUCGGGUUGUAAUGAUAAUAAUAGUAGUAGUAGUUAUUAUAAUAAUAAAGCAGGAGGAGCAGGAGGAGGAGCAGGAGCGGUGUUAAAAGCGGGCGUGAGGGAGGAGGAAGAGCGGCACAGGUGUGCCAUCUGUUUGAAGGCCUUCUCGAGCGGUCAAGCGCUGGGCGGGCACAAGAGGCGCCAUUGGCUCAACAAGAUUCCUCCUCCUCCUCUUCCACUGCUACUUAAGAGUAGCUUUGGCCCUGACCAAGGCCAUCCUCAUCCCAAUCCAGGCACCGGGGCUUACUCGGAUUUGAACUUUCCUGCAGCACAAGAUCAUCAUUCUUCAUCACUGCCUGAUGUUUACAACUCUUCUACCUAUGGCCUGCCUAAUUUGGAUUUAAGAUUGGCUCUCUAAGCACCGGUUAAGUUACACGGUGUUGAAUCUAUACUAUAUGUUACCUCAUUGUUAGUUAGUUCAUGUAUUUUUAGUCUAGUAAUUAGCUAGUUACAGUGCCUGGUGCUAUUGCUGGCCUGAUUUCUAUUAAUCGUACUGAUAUACUUCUAUUAUUAACAACUGUUGUAUUGUUAUUACUCCCAGGGACGGAUCCAGGAAAUUGACUCAAGGGGGGCGAAAUUUUUCGUUAGUGUAGAUGGCGAAAAAUUUUUCGUUAAUGUAGCGGCGCGAAUUUUUUUUCCAUAGUGUAGUGGGGCGAAUUUUUUCGGUGUUGUAGGGCUAUGCGGCUAUUUUAAUUCAAAAAAUGACAUGAAUACAUAAACAUUCCCAACGAUAUUUAAAUCUAUUACAUUCUAAGUUUAGACAAUGACAAAGACAUCAACCAAUACAUUUUAAAUAACUUCUACAUUGUUUAACCUCAUGAAUCGGUUAUUGAAUUGUAAUUUUUGUCUACCAAGGAGGGUGUUCGUGAGUCAUGACUCAUGAGAAGUUUUCUUAAUAUUACAAUAGUAAUA